AUGAGGGCGUGGAGAUUAAGGCCGACACGACGCCUCAGGAGAACGCCCUUCUCCAGGAGGAGGGAAGACGAGGAAGAGGGGGAAGGAAGUUCGGAAGUGGCGCCCGCUGCCAAGGACGGCGAGAAGAUACGCAUUCAGAUCGAGUCGCACGGGGGUGCCGUGACAACAAAGUUCCGAAUGUUCCCGACGUCCUCCUUCUCGAAGAUGAUGGACGCUUGGUGCGACCAGCAAGAGGUGCCCAGGGGCGUCGCCCACUUCGAGCUGUGCGAGGGCGGUCGUGUGCUGCUCCCAGGAGACACGCCCGCCAGCUGCGGGGGCGCUCCGCGGCCAGGGUCGCCGCUGCGCGUCCGCGCGGAGGCCCGGGGCCAGAAGCGCGAUCGCAGCUCCAGCGCCAGCUCCAGCAGCAGCUCGCUCGGCUCCAGCGCGGACGGGCUGCUGGAGCCCCUGGCCGACGACGGCGAGGAGCGAGAGGAUGCCGCGGGGCCCAGCGCAGUGGCGUCCCGCCGCGCCCUCCCAGCCGCGUCGGACGAGGAGGCGGACGGCGAGGAGGCUUGGAGCGGUCAACAGGCUGCGGCGGGCGGCGCCUCCGCUGCCUCUGCGCCCGCCGCGGCCACGCCCCCAGCGGCGCCAGCCACGCCUGCCCCCGCCGCGGA